UUGAGGAUGUUUUUCCUUUCUUUCUCGGUGCUUUCACCUACAGGACUAAAAGAAAUGCCCCUCCUCUUGCGAUUUUUAUCACAAUCAAAAUAAACAUUUAUCUUUGUGAAACAUGAAAGACGCGACUGGAGCGCACUCUUCCUUCGAUGGAAAUUAAAGCGAGGCGUUUUCUAUUUAUUUUUUUUAUUGCGUUUUUUACGCACGGAUAGGAUCAAUAGCGCAGCUCGGAUGUGAGGUUGUGAUCCAGCUCUUGAGGCUCUAGUUUUUCCUCUUUUAUUGCGGGAUUAUGAUUUUGGAUAAAAGCUCCAUGGAGGAGCCUGACAUCGACGUUGUUGGAGAGCAGGAUAAAGAUGCUCAAGUUCAAAUGUCAAGAAGUGAGUGCAGGAUCAAGGAGAAGGAUCCAGAAGACGAAUCGAAGCGCAGCGACGGAACCCGCGUUACGUGCGUAAAACCGCCGUACUCCUACAUCGCGCUCAUUACUAUGGCAAUCCUGCAGAGCCCCCGCAAGCGGCUGACCCUCAGCGAGAUCUGUGAGUUUAUUAGCCGCCGCUUUGCCUACUACCGAGAAAAGUUCCCGGCGUGGCAGAACUCCAUCCGGCACAACCUAUCGCUUAAUGACUGCUUUGUAAAAAUGCCACGAGAACCCGGCAAUCCCGGCAAAGGCAACUACUGGACCCUGGACCCCAUGUCGUCUGAUAUGUUCGAAAACGGUAGUUUUCUGCGCCGCAGGAAGCGCUUCAAGCGGCACCGCUUCUUCACCAAAGACGCAGAAACGCCGCUUCCGGGAUUCCAGCUCAGAUCUUACGCAUCGGCUUUACCUCUCCCUGCUUUAGAUCUGUACCUCGAGCGUUCACCUCCUCCUCGUCCACCUCCUCCUCCUCCUCCUCCACCCCCAGGCCUUGUCUCACCUGUCGGCAGUCUUUUACCUGCGCUGUCCACUCUUCUGAAAGGUUACCUUCCGCAUCCAUCACGCUCUCUCACACUCCAAUCCACACGCGGUCCUUUCUCUGACCCACAGCUUCCAACUCCUGCUGCACUUGCACCUUUUCCGCCGAGUUUUUACACCCUUCAGCAGGAAUAUCACAAACUGCAGGCUCUGCACAACACCGCGCUUACAACCAAACUUUUACAGCAAUUCGGUGACGCUACACUGUAAACAUAUUUAAAACGUUUUUAUCUAAUAUUCAUUGGUGUAGCCAAUAUCUGAGGACUUGACCAUAAACCAACAGGGUUAUAAAUAUAAAAGCGACAUUAAUAAACCCCAGACUUGUGGACUUAUCCAAGAAAGACUAUGGCAAAAGUCCUUUUUUUUCCCCCAAACGUUUUUUUUAAUGAUUAUGGACUGUAUUUCUUUGAACAAGGAACCCAGGAAAGUGUUGAUUAUUAUAGACUGUACUUCAUGUUCAUUCAUUCACCUUUUUGUCUGAAGCACAUGUUCAUCUGAAUAAUCUUAAAAAUAUCCUUUUCAGAAAGCAUUUAAAAUGAUUUGAAAUAACAUUGUAUAUGAAUUUUCCAUUUUCACCCAUUAAUGAUCAAAUUGUGCAUUUUGAUAACUUUGA